GUUGGAGCUUGUAUUGUGAAUGAUAAAAACAGAAUAGUAGGACUCGGUUACAAUGGUUUCCCCGAUGGCUGUCCUGAUGACGAUGCCAACUUUUCAUGGGCCAGAAUGGAUAAGGAUGGGAGCGGGAAAAACAAGCAUCUGUUUGUAUGUCAUGCAGAAUUGAAUGCCAUCAUGAAUAAGUUGGCUGUUAAUAUCGAUGGCUGUACCAUGUACGCAACUCGGUUUCCAUGCAACGAAUGCGCAAAACUCAUCAUUCAAUCUGGAAUCAAGACAGUGGUAUACUUGAACAAAAAGGAAUUCGACGAGAAGGAUGAAAAUGAAAAAUUUCAAGAGCAAAAGGCGGCGGAAGACAUGUUCGAAUCAGCAAAGAUAGUGUUGAGGAGAUACGAGCCUAAGCGACAAAAACUACUGCAGAUAGGAGAUUACCAGUUCAAAUUGUGAAGGACUAAAUCAAUGGAGACAAUCCUGUCGGAUGUGGUUCGAAGAUUUGGCAAUUUCAUGUGAGCCAGAAUAACACUGGUGAUGUCCUUCAUUAUGACUGAUUUGUUAAAAAAGCUAAUUCAAAAGAUUUUCAUUUUAAGAAGUAAUGUAAACUAAUCUUUACAGUAUAUACUAGAGGGUGACACCUGAAGGAUGUCACAGAUGGAAUGAAGUGCAGUAAGGGGCGAUAACUCU